AUAAUACUUCGCCACCCCUCCAAAAACCCUAAACCCUAAUGCUUCAGCAAUCUGCCAUUUUGCUCACCAGCCUCCGCCUCUAAAUAGCCCCUCAAUUUUCCUUUUUCCUGUGGAAAACCCUGAUCCUGACCCUGUUCCAGAAUCUGCCCGUGGCGCCGCCAUGACGGACGUUCAGUUCUCUCACUCGGAGAAGACGAAGAAGAAGAAAAACAAGAGCAAAGAUGAGGAAGAAAAUGACGCCCUUGAUUUCCAGAUAAAGCCCCAGAGCUACACCCCACCAGUUGAUACAUCUCAGUGGCCAAUUCUACUGAAAAAUUACGACAAAUUGAAUGUACGUACCGGGCACUACACUCCCCUUCCCUCUGGCUACUCCCCUUUGAAGCGCCCCUUGGCUGAAUACAUCAAGUACGGAGUUCUGAAUCUUGAUAACCCCGCCAAUCCUUCUUCGCAUGAAGUUGUUGCGUGGAUUAAGCGCAUUUUGAGAGUGGAGAAAACCGGGCACUCGGGAACCCUCGACCCUAAGGUGACCGGUAAUCUGAUUGUUGCUAGGUUGCAUUCGAAGGUGCCUGAUGUUGCGAAAGUGGCUAGAGCACUUGAGACUCUCACAGGUGCGGUGUUUCAGCGACCCCCUUUGAUUUCUGCUGUGAAGAGGCAACUGCGCAUUAGGACUAUUUAUGAGAGUAAGCUGCUUGAGUAUGAUGCCGACAGGCAUUUGGUUGUUUUCUGGAUUUCGUGUGAGGCGGGAACUUAUGUGAGGACGAUGUGUGUGCAUUUAGGCCUUUUGUUAGGUGUGGGAGCGCAUAUGCAGGAGUUGAGGAGGGUUCGGUCAGGAAUUAUGGGUGAGAAGGAUAAUAUGGUGACGAUGCAUGAUGUGAUGGAUGCGCAGUGGGUUUAUGAUAAUUAUAGGGAUGAGAGUUAUUUGAGAAGGGUGGUUAUGCCCUUGGAAGUGCUUUUGACUAGUUAUAAGAGGCUUGUCGUGAAGGAUUCAGCAGUCAAUGCUAUUUGUUAUGGAGCGAAGUUGAUGAUUCCGGGUUUGUUGAGGUUUGAAAAUGACAUUGAGGUUGGUGAGGAGGUAGUGUUGAUGACAACAAAGGGGGAGGCAAUCGCGUUGGGGAUAGCAGAGAUGACUACUGCAGUGAUGGCUACUUGUGAUCACGGAACGGUUGCAAAGAUUAAGAGGGUGGUGAUGGAUAGGGAUACCUACCCUAGGAAAUGGGGAUUGGGUCCUAGGGCGUCGAUGAAGAAGAAACUUAUUGCUGAAGGGAAGUUGGAUAAGCAUGGGAAGCCAACUGAGAGCACACCGGCUGAGUGGUUGAGGAAUGUAGUCUUGCCUACUGGAGGGGAUUCUGUGGUUGCCAGUCUUGCAGCAGCUGAGCCUCAGCCUUCAAAAGCAGAGAAUGUCAAGAGUGCUGCUGUUGAGGUUGAGGAGAAAAAGAAGAGGAAAAAACAUAAGGAUGGGGAAGAUAAGGGAGAGAAGGGGCAUAAGCGAAAGCGAGAUACCGUUGAUGGUAGUCCUGCAACUGAGGCUGUUGCUAAGAAAGCCAAGGCGGAAGCUGAGGAAGUUCUUCAGGUGAAAGAAAAGGCCAAAUCAGAGGCUGAAGCAGAGAAGAAAGAGAAGAAAAAGAAAAAGAAGAAAGAGGGUGAAGAAACUGUAGCUUCUGAUGGUGAGAAACCAAAGCAGCAAAAGAAGAAGGAUAAAGUGAAAGAUGAAUCUGUGUCAUCAGAUGAGGAGAAGUCUGAGAAAAAGAAGAAAAAGAAGCAUAAGAAAGCAGAAAAUGGUGACUCUGAUUUACCCGCUGCUGUGGAUGGAAAUGAUGGUGAAGAAAGUAAAAGUGAGAAGAAAAAGGAGAAGAAAAAGAAGCAGCACAAAGAUGUCGAAGAGGAGUAGAUGUGAGAGUUUAGGUCUGAACCUCAGUUAUGGAAUGAUGCCCCAUGCUCUACAUCAUCCUGGAUCAUAUACCCUAUGAAGUUUUGAUGUCUGUUUGACAUACAUUUAUCAUUCCUUGCCCACCUUGCCCGUUCACACCUGAACUUGGUUUUGAGUAAUAGCAUGUUAGCUUUACAUUGUUUUCCUUUCAUCAACUUUUUCAAGGUCAUGUACUUUAUGAUCGAGGAUGUUUUUCGUUUCCUAAUAUGAUAGUAACAUAAAUCAUGUUCUUGGACAUAGUGCUUAAUAUGAGCGAAGGAUAAAGACCUUUCCCACAAGCUCAAUACGAUCUCUGUAUUCUUGUUCUAUUAUUUGAGUUCUUACUCGA